AUGGAGGAACGUAUUCGGAAUAAUAUAGUCGUAUCUGUGGAUUGCGGAACGACCCAUUCGGGUGUUUCGUGGAUGCACCCCGAAGCCGAGGACGACGUGCAAUCCGUCGACAAGUGGCCCGGACGCCCUCCAGCAGACACUCUCACCCGGGUACCGACCCGCAUUGCCUACCAGGACGAGAAUGACUCACUUGACAAAACGAAGGCAUGGGGCUACGAAGUAGGCGCAGAGCAUGUAGCAGCUUCCUGGACAAAGCUGCUGUUGGAGCCUGGAGUUGAGGAGGAGAUCGUUGAGAACAGCGACAACAAGGGGUGGGUAGCGUCGGUGGGAAUUUUUACCCGGCCUGGAGGUAGAGACCCGACCCGAAUCAUCCAAGACUUCCUGCAAUUGCUCAGGAAGCACGCGGAGGCUCAGAUCAGGAAAAAAUACAAAGAACUGGGCUAUGCCAUAUUGCCCUUUGUCUACGUUUACACAGUCCCAGCCACGUGGUCGGACACGGCCAUCACCGCUUUGAAGCAAGCUGCUAGUAAAGCAGGGUGUCGCGGAAUUGGUGGGAGUAUCUAUCCUCUUAUCAUUUCAGAGCCAGAAGCGGCUCUCACGACCAUGAUCAAUGACCCGAGAAGUGGGAUUAAGGCAGGAGAUGGAGUUGCUAUCUGCGACUGUGGCGGCGGGACCUUGUGUCCCAUACCGGUACACUUCCAUGGCGGAAGUAUGGAGAUUGACCGGGAUUUCUACACUGCUGCGUCGAAAGGUCUCAUCAGAAGGUUCAGCCAGUUGAAGCGCUCCGAAACUUCACCUACCAGCACUCUCAUGAUAGGUUUCGAGAACGCCAAGCGUGAAUUUGAAGGCACAGUCGGGCCAGACCUCCAAGAACUUACAUACACAAGGAGAGGGAAUGUGUAUUCAUUCAAGUUCACAAGUGUUGAUAUGCUGAGACUUCAGGCUCCUGUGGUCACCAAAAUCUGCUCUGUCUUGGAAGACAUCAUAUCCCAGGGGCAUCGUAAAUCCGGGGCACCGAUUGUGAAGCACAUUUACGUUUCCGGCGCAAUGGCGCGGUCAAUCUAUCUACGUAGCGCAAUUGAUAAACUGUUCGCGGAGUCGCAAAUAGAGACCCACUAUCCGAGUUCUCCGCAAAAUGCGGUAGCCGAGGGUGCUGCCCUUUGGGGAUACAACCGCCUCCGCUUGAAUACACCGUAUCCAUUCGGUGAACCAAUCGGUGAGAAGCAAAGAACUGUAUUUCCCUGCCGAGUGUCACAAGAUCUUCCCUUCUCAGUCAUCAAGAUAUAUGACUCGGAUAAGAGCAAUCCUCCACAAAGCACUGAUCCAAAAAAGGGUGUCCGGAACAUCGGCCGUUUACUCUGCGACUUUACUGAAGCGCUAAGAACGAGUAAAGUGAGUAUUGGUGAGAUUGUUCAGAUCGAGGUUAGCUUCAUUAUAAAGGAUGGUAUGAUACAUGUGAAGGCAGAAUCCCGUGGCGUCCUCUUUGGAGAAAUGGAACUCAAAUGCUUCUACUGACGGAAAGGAGGGUGGUUGUUUUUUGUGCAGGGCAUGGCAUCAAUCAGAAAAAUUGGAGAGUUCUAACCUUUUCGGGCGCACAUUCAUCCCUUGACGAGCUCUUUCUCUGCUCCUAUGUUUCUUAUGGAUGAAAGUUUGUCUUCAUUUCCGCCACUUCC